AUGGCUCAGCAGGUCAUCUUCUACGAUAUCCCGAGCAAGGCGCCCGCCAAAGGAUGGUCGUUCAAUCCAUGGAAGGUCCGCAUGGUUCUGAACAUGAAAGGCAUUGACUACAAAACCGAAUUCGUCGAGUAUCCCGACCUCGCUCCCACCCUUAAAGCCCUCGGCCUCCCCCCGAACGACCCCAACGACCCAGGCUAUUUCUCAGACUACACCAGCCCGGCCAUUCGCUAUUCCGACGGCACCUUCUCCAUGGAAAGCUGGCACAUCGUUCACGCGCUCGACAAGCAGUACCCAACCCCUUCUCUCCACCUCGAGGAUCCCAUUGUGGAGAAAGUGCGCAACAGCUCCAUGCUGGGACCAAUCGUUAAGCACCUCAUGCCCAAAGUGCCGAAUCUGCUAAGCAGCGUCUCCUCGGAGUACUUUUACACGACAAGGGAGAGCAUGUUUGGAAAGCCGCUGCAGCAGGUGGAGGCGGAGGCGACGGAGGAGCAAUGGGAAGACAUGAAAGUCAACGCGAAGGAGAUUGGGGAUUUGCUGCGGGAGAAAGGAGGUCCGUUCUUCCUGGGAGAGACAGUCUCGUAUGCGGAUGUUUGCUUUGUGACGUGCUUGAAGUUUCUGGAGAUACUUGAUGACGGGGUGUUUAAAAAGUAUCUAGCGCUCGAUGAGGCGUUUCCAAUUGUGUAUGAGGCAUCGAAGAGGUGGUUGGCUAGGGAUGAUUGAAGCGGGGGUGACGAUGAGCUGGUGCCUGGCGAAGAGUCUUGCAUUCGUGCGGCGUAGUUGUACGUCAAGCGUUCGAGUUGGAAUUAAUGCUGACCGUUGAUAUCUGCUGCUGAGCUCAUCUGCUUCCGCUUCUCGCGCAGUCUCUGUCUCUUGACGGCUUUUGCGUCUUUUACGGCUCGCCUUGCAGCCUUCUUUGAAUGGUUUGCGUCUAAAUUGAGGCUAGUCGGGCUUCCUGAGAGUGCACUUGACUGACUGGUAUCUUUGCUUGGAACCUCAAGCGUUGGAAAUGUCAUCUGAAGCAAUGACAAGGCUUUUUGCAACACCUCGCGAUCGUUCUGGAAUGUCAAAGCGUUCAUUGCACUGUGCCAUGACUUGAAUG